UUGCUCAAUCGUUGUGCACCUGUAUUCAGAAACGGUUGCGUCUCGUUAAAAUGAAACCUCUUAUCAUUUUCUGUGUCCUAUUAUUGGCAUCCUCUAUAUCUAGUGAAACACCGGCUGCACAGUGUGUCGGUCAAGAGUUCGACAACUUGCAAGAAAGAAUUCAAAUCACACCGUGUGGUAAAUCUCGAUGCAAACUUACAAAGGGCUCCGUUACCACCGUAACAUUUAAGUUUAAACCAAAAACUGUCGUGAAGUCGCUUACAAACGAUGUUUACGCGGACAUCGCAGGGUUGCCCUUACCGUUCCUCGGGGUGACCGGCUCCGAUGCCUGUCCUAACGUGAAGAAGGCUGAAGACGGUUCCCCUGCACCGUGCCCACUUCAACCGGACCAAGAGUAUGUCUACACAAAUAUUUUCCCGAUCGAAUCCUACUAUCCGCAAGUCAACCUUCGCGUCCAUUGGGCUCUUCAUGAUGGUAAACGUGAUGUUAUUUGUUUCGAAGUUCCCGCAGUCAUAUCACCAGGUAAAAAAAAGGCUUAACUUAAUUGAUGGCGAGAUUUUGUUUUGUUUGUUUACCAUAUUAUCUUACGAAAACUAAGUAUUUAGGAGCAUAAUAAAGAAUUUUGUUAGCACAAUA